AUGUCCGAGGUCUACGAAAUCGAAAUCACCACGAAUGCUAUGGAUUUUCCGGUGGAAAAAAAGUAUCCGGCUGUCUUCACUCUAAACGAUUUGAAGGUAAAUUGUUGAUUUUGUAGUUGAAUUGUCGUCUAAAUAACAAUUUUUGAAGAAAAAGCUGGAGCUCAUCGUCGGAACAGCUGCCGAAUCGAUGCGCAUCCAACUGUUCGAUUCAAAUAACCAACCGAAGGGCGAACUGACGGAGGGAACAAAGAAUCUGAAGGACUUGGGAGUCCGCGACGGUUUCCGAAUUCACGCUAUCGACGUGACCGGCGGAAACGAGGACUUCAAGGACGAGAGUAUGGUGGAGAAGUACGAGAUCAGCGACGACGCGUAUGACAAAAGAACGGACAGUGUGAGGGCGUGGAAGAAGAAAAUACAAGAGGAGCAGGGAGUGGCUCCUGUCGAAAAGGAAGGCGACCGGGCGAACGAGGAGGCGGCAAAAGGGAUCAAAGUCGGAGAUCGGUGCGAAGUGACCGUCGGCGCGCAAAUGGCAAGACGCGGAGAGAUCGCCUUCGUUGGAACAGCCAAGUUCAAGGAUGGGCUCUGGGUUGGCGUCAAGUACGAUGAACCGGUCGGAAAGAAUGACGGAUCGGUGGCGGGAGUGAGAUAUUUCGAAUGCGAGCCCAAGUACGGAGGAUUCGUGAGGCCAGUGGACGUGAAAGUCGGCGACUUCCCGGAGCUCUCCAUCGACGAAAUCUAA